AAACUUGUUUUUAUUUGCUAUUUCUAUUUCGGAUCGGAUGUUUCGGAGCUGGUCAACCUAACUUCAAAUCGGAACAGUCAGCUUUUGACAAUCUGAUUUUGUUGUACUGAAAGCUUAUCUUGUGAUUGGCAAUGAAUAUUCUACCAAAGAAAAGAUGGCACGUACGAACGAAGGAGAAUAUCGCUCGCGUAAGGAAAGACGAAGCGAAAGCUGCGGAGGAAGAGAGGAUUAAGAAAGAGCGAGCUCAGAAAGCAGAAACAGAAGCAAGGGUAAAUUUGCUGAGACAUCGAGCGAGAUCCAAAUACGAUGGUCGAGUGAAAACCGAAUGUUCUACUUCUACUUCUAGCAAGAAGUUGGAACAUGUUAACUUCUUUGAAGAACUUGAAGAUGGAAAAAUUGAUCAUCAUAGACCUAAUGUGGAACAUGAGAAGGAAAAAAAAGAGGAGAAAGAGAAAUAUGAAAAACAGAUAGGAUACUUAACAUAUCUAGGGCAAGAUACUAAUGAGGCAACUGGGAAAAAAAAUUGGUACGAGGAAUUACCAAAGAGAUUAACAGAUACAGAAAGAGAUAUAGAGGUAGAAACAAAAAAGAAAGUCUUAAACGAUCCAUUGAUUGAUAUAAAAAAGUAUCUCAAGAUCAUGCAUUCUAAAUCUGUCGAAGAUCAUGUAAAAGUGAAGAUAGAAGGUGUCAAGAGGAAACGUAAUGAUUCUGAUGGUUCUCAUUCUGAUCACGAAAGUCACAGCACACACAAAAGGAGUAAGGAUAAAAAGCAUAAGAAAAACCAUAAGAAUUCAGAGAAAGAAAAAAUUAAGAGCCCGAGUAGCAUAGAUAUAGAAAAAUUAAGAGCAGAGAGAUUACUCAGGGAGCAAAGUGAGAAACUGAGGACUGAAGCACUAUUGGCUAAAAUGAGAGGUGAACCAGUGCCUGUCGUCACACAGGAAACUCCUAAACCUACCAUAAAACAAAAAUACAAUUCACAAUUCUUUCCCGAAAUUGCUAGACAAAAUGCAGAGAGGACACCUAAAUAUUCUAGACAAAAUAUAUCAAAUCCUUAAGAUAUAUCACUUUUAUAUUUUAAUUUCAAGAGAAAUUAUAAUUAUGUAAUUUUAUUAUCUAUUAAUAUAUGUAAAUAUUUAUAGAAAAUUGUUAAAUUGAUAUAUAUAUGUACGAUAUUGUGUAAACUGUACUUAGAGGAGGCAAAAAUAGGAAAUGUAUUGUUUCCAAGUUUUAUAAAGAGAUACAAAAACUGAAAAAAAAAAAAAAACUAAAAAA